GUGGGGCGGCGAGCUCCUCCGGAACCAGUCGCCACCCUCAGUAUCGCCCGAGCAGAGACACAAGCUUGGAAGAAGAAGAAGAAGAAAAAUCUCCGAUGUCUCCGGCCGCUUCGCACGCCGCCGUCGCCGCGCUCGUGCGCCUCCCUCCCCGCCCCGCGCGGAGCUCCCUGCGACAUCAAGGUUUUGGCCGCGUCGGAGCCUCGCCGCUGGCCGUGCGUGCGGCCAGGGACUCGGACGGGUUCAGGCCUCUGGUCUCUGAGAAGCCCGAGUGGCCGGCGCCGGCGCCGGCGAAGCGGGAGGGCCUGGAUGGUUUCGGCCGGGAGGCGAGCAACGGGGAGGAAGACGGGCAGGUGCAGGGCGAGCUGGCUCCGUGGAGCGUUCUCAACCAGCUCGGCGUCGAGCUGGAUUCUGACAGUUCAUAUACUGCUCUAGUCUAUGGGUCCUCCGCCAUUGUUGCUAUUUGGAUAUCAUCAAUAGUGGUUUCUGCACUUGAAUCAGUCCCUGUGGUUCCUCAGGUGAUGGAAGUGGUUGGCCUCGGCUUCACAGUUUGGUUCACCUCACGAUAUCUGAUAUUUAAGGAAAACAGGGACGAGUUGAUCACGAGAAUCGGCUCCAUCAAGAGGCAGGUACUUGGGUCUCGGGACGACUGAGCAAUUUUGCAGCGGUCUGUUGUAGUUCUAGUGCAAAAGAUGCUGAGAUAAUCUGGUACCCAUACCUGCUUUCCCUUUUUCGACCAAAAAUGUUCUGAAUGAUUAGUAUUUUAUUCCAGGCCUGCCUUGAGAUCGUGGUUGGUUUCUAGAUUAGUUUUAGCGAGUCGUGUCACCCGACUGUUGCGCCUUUCUGUCACUCCGUUCGAAUAAAGUGUAGGAGCAAUGCUGCCCUGUGGAGUUCCUUGCGUUGCAUGCGACCUUCUGGGGCUGCUAAUUAUUCAAGUCAUCGUUCAUGACGAUGUAUGUGGACAGCUUCGUCAGGUGGCUGCAAACAGUCUCUGUCGUGGGGUUCCAAUUGCAAUCAGAGAGGAGUUUU